ACAGCUUUUUGGGAAAUUUUCUUACCUCACAACUUUCUUUCAGAUCUUCUACCUCACUCAAAAAUUAUUUUCCUGAGCUUUUUCUAAACUCUUGUGCGGUCUACUCUACUCCUGCCUCCCCUAUACAGCUGAAGGGAAUUCCAUCAGUCGAUUUAUUGAUUAAACAAGUUGAAUUUCUUCACUGAUGUCCGUUUGUUUAGUGUGUCGUUUAGAAUUUUUGGAAAGUUUUUCCUUAAAUGAAGUAUCCAAAUACAGUGGAUAAAAAUGCUCUAAAGGCAUACAUUGAUCUAAGGGUAGUACGAAGGCAAAAGGAUGGGCUGAAUUCUCUUGAUCUCAAAUGGAAUUUUGAUAGCCCAGAAUCCCUGAAAAUCCUCUGCAUUGAAGCUCUUGCUGAAAAUUGGACAGCAAAUCCUGUGUACUCCGAAGUGAUCUUCAGUGUGGACAGAAACUACCUUUUGGACAUUCUAAGCUUGAAUCUCUCCGUUGCCGACUUAUCAGCCAAGAUCCAGGAUGAUGUCUUUUGGGAGAGAUUCUUCAUGUCGAAAUGGCCCCACUGCUAUCCUCAGACGAAGAAUCGUCCCUGGAUUAAGGUCUUCAUGGAGAAGUAUCUCGCAGAGAAGUUGGAAAAUAUGAAGAGUGAUGAAUAUGAGGAAGAAUCCAUGGUACAGCUGCUAGAACUCUGUGCACCACACACGGAAAAUCUCGUUCUCAAUCAACUACAGCCUACAAUGUCGCCUGAUCCUGAGCACAAUGAUCACGUCAUUCCGCUCAAUAUUGUCCUUUCAAAUUUACACGAACUCCGGAAACUUGAUUUGACUUUUGACCUUAAAAACGUGGGGACAACCUUUUACCUGGGAUGUGCCAAUAUAUCAACAAAUGACAUCAAAAGCCUAACAGAGGGUCUGGCGAAAUGCUUCGAAUUGCAGGAUUUCCGUCUUCACAGCAGCAAAUUGGAUGCGGAAAUGCUGAAAUUACUUGCCGUUGCUUUGGACAAAGGAUGCCCCAAUUUGGAAGUUCUUUCCCUGCCGCACUGUCGCUUCGGUGAUGGAGGUUUGCUGGCUUUCCUAGAAGCUCUUGGGCCUGAUUCAUUACCCAACAUUCGAACUCUUAUCCUCACUAAUAAUUUCUUAUCUUCGAAUGGGAUUUUAGAGCUCUCGAAGGUAAUUAAACGACGGAAAAUUCAAAAGCUUGAUUUAAGAUUGAAUCCCAUUAAAUCGGAUGGAGCGUUCGCAAUAUUUGGUAUUCUUAGACACAUGCACGUUAAAGAGCUCAAUCUAUCCUGUUGUUCUCUGGACGAUGAGAUAUCCUUCCUCUUCAUUAAAACCCUAAAAGAAUGCAAAUUUCUGGAGAAACUCAAUUUAUCCGUUAAUCGAUUCAGCCACGAAAUGGGUGAGAAGAUCACGGAGAUCAUGCCACAGAUUACGAAUCUCCUUGAAUUUGAUCUACGCAAUACGGAUGUCUCAACAAUUUCCCGAAUGAUCAUUGAUGAUUAUGUGCUGAAGAAUCGUCUAAAGAAAAAUUCAAGUUAAGAUUACAUUAAUACUUUUUAUUGUGAAAUAAUCUCUCGUGUGAUGCUUGAAUUCCGCGAUUUUUGUUCUCUAUAAGCUUUCU